AUGAUUAUGAUAUUCGAUUCAGAUGUGCGUGUUGUGACCAUAAUGGAAGGACUGCGUUCCUCAAAUGAAAUUCGUCAGUCCGAAGCCGCCUCCGAGUUAGCCGAGAUGCUGUUGCUGGGCAACGAAGAGAGCCUGCCGAAUUUACCGGUCAAAGAUAUUGUGCACGCUCUGAUUGCACUCCUUCAGAAAGAGCACAAUUUUGAAUUGAUGCUAACAGCGGCGAGAUGUAUUUCAAACAUGCUCGAGGCUUUACCUCGUGCCCUACCGAUUGUGAUCGAUGCAGUGCCGUAUCUGCUGGAAAAGUUGAAACGUAUUGAAUGCAUUGAUGUAGCUGAACAGUCGCUGAUGGCUUUGGAGGUGAUGUCGAAACGAAAUGGAAAAAAUAUUAUGGCAGCGGGCGGUAUCGCAGCAACAAUCUCGCAUGUGGACUUCUUUUCGGUGCCCUCACAACGACUCGCCUUUCAAAUAGCUGCAAAUUGUGCGUCGUUUGUAACGGUGAAUGACUUUGCACAAGUUCGAGAUUCGUUAGCUGAUCUCACGCAGCGUUUACUCAUUGAGGACAAACGUUGUUUGGAAUCAGUGAGUGUGUUGUUCUGUCGAUUGGUGGACAACGUUCGAGGACAUGCGGACAAGUUGCGUGAAAUCGCCGGUCAAAAUCAUGCACUGCUCAAGAAUGUGCAGCAGUUAUUGCUGGUGCAGCCGUGUGCUGUUGGUCCGAAUACGUUCCAAGCACUGGUUCGUAUGUUACGUCAUAUGGCCGCUAAGUGCAGUGAUCUGGCUGUGGCACUUAUCAAUAUGGGUGAGUAA